CGACCCAUGAUCUGGGGCCGAGUUGUCAUGUGGCUGGGCGGCCACCGGUGGCUUCCAGUUCGUCUGCAAGGGUGCCUCAACCUCCGGCGCCUUAGCGCUGCCAGGAUUUGGGGUAGUUGCUGGGGUCCGAUGGCGGAAACAUUCUCGACUGGGGCCGAGGCAGCGAUCGGGCUGAGGGCUGCGGUUCAACAAAACGGAGACGCAUGCGGCGACGCGAGGGGUGAGCGGACCUCCGGGAGCCCGGAACCUGUAGGCCCGGGAGUGGAGCCGGCCCGGGAGGUCGGGAAGCAGACUCCACUGAGCGAGAAGGCCCCGGUUGCAGCUUCGGGCCCAGGCAAGCGUAAAAAGCGACGGGACGCCAUCAGGGAGCGCGUCGUGCCACCCCCGAAGAAGCGGCGGGCAGGGGUGAGCUUCGGCGAUGAGCAUUUUGCAGAGACCAGCUACUACUUCGAAGGCGGCCUGCGCAAAGUGCGGCCUUAUUACUUUGACUUUCGGACCUACUGCAAAGGCCGCUGGGUGGGCCACAGCUUGCUGCACGUCUUCAGCACCGAAUUCCGAGCCCAGCCCCUGGCCUACUAUGAGGCCGCAGUCCGGGCGGGGCGCCUGCAUCUCAACGAGGAGCCGGUACAGGACCUCAGCAUUGUGCUCAAGGACAAUGACUUCUUGAGGAACAGAGUGCACAGGCAUGAGCCACCAGUCACAGCAGAGCCUGUCCGCCUGCUAGCUGAGAAUGAGGAUGUGGUGGUUGUAGACAAGCCUUCUUCCAUUCCUGUCCACCCUUGUGGCCGCUUCCGACACAACACUGUCAUCUUCAUCCUGGGCAAGGAGCACCAACUCAAGGAGCUACACCCAUUGCAUCGGCUUGACCGCCUUACCUCAGGGGUCCUCAUGUUUGCCAAGACAGCAGCUGUCUCAGAGAGAAUUCAUGAGCAGGUUCGGGACCGGCAGCUGGAGAAGGAGUACGUGUGCCGGGUGGAGGGGGAGUUCCCCACUGAGGAAGUGAUCUGCAAGGAGCCCAUCUUGGUGGUAUCUUACAAGGUAGGGGUAUGCCGCGUAGAUGCUCGGGGCAAGCCCUGUGAGACAGUGUUCCGGAGACUGAGCUACAAUGGCCGCUCCAGUGUGCUUCGGUGCCGGCCACUCACAGGCCGCACUCACCAGAUCCGAGUCCACCUCCAGUUCCUGGGCCACCCCAUCCUCAAUGACCCCAUCUACAACUCAGUUGCGUGGGGCCCCUCCCGGGGCCGGGGCGGCCACAUUGCCAAGACAGAUGAGGAACUGCUUCGGGACCUUGUGGCGGAGCACCAGGCCAAACAGAGCCUGGAUGUGCUAGAUCUCUGUGAGGGUGAUCUGUCCCCAGGACUCAUAGACUCUACAGCUCCCUCCUCAGAGCUGGGCAAGGACCACCUAGAAGAGUUCGCCGCAUCUGCCCAGAAGAUGGAUGGAGCAGUUGAGGCAGCUCCUCAGAAUCUGGACACAAUGGCCUUGGCACCAGAGAAGGCAGCUGAAACAGAUGUUGUAAAUCAAGAGAUAGACCCUCUCUGUGCAGAGUGCCGGCUGGUGCGACAGGACCCCUUGCCCCAGGACCUUGUGAUGUUCCUGCAUGCUCUGCGCUAUAAAGGGCCAGGGUUUGAGUACUUUUCACCCAUGCCUGCCUGGGCACAGGAUGACUGGCAAGAAGACUGAGGGCUGUGGCCAAUGGAGGGGUUGCUUCUUGAAUUAGAAAAGGAAUGGGCCAUGGUUUUUAGGAGUUGACCUCAUGGGCUGGUACUCAGGGUUUCUACAGGCUUGAGGUUGGGGUCUUAAAGGAUCUCCUUAUACUUGCUACCUCCUUCUUUCCUCCCCCUCUAGCUAGAGUUAGGGAACUUGUUGGUUUGUAAAUAUAUCCCUUUUUCUAACACCUUGUGUGUCUGGUUUUCUUACCUUUUUUUUUUUUAAUUGAGGUAAAAUUCACAUAAUGUACAAUUAACCAUCUUAAGAUACACAGUUUAGUGACAUUUAACACAUUCACAAGGUUGUGCAAGCAUCACCUCUUAACUAGUUUCAAAAUGUUUCCAUCACCCAAAGGAAACCCGUACCCGUUAAACACUCACUCCCCAUAUCCCCUUUCUCCUAGCUCUGGUGACCAUUAAUCCACUUCCUGUCUCUUUGGAUUUGCCUAUUCUGGACUUUUCAUAUAAAUGGAAUCAUACAAUAUGUGACCUUUUAUGUCUACCUACUUUUGCUUAGCAUAAUGUUUUUAAGGUCUGUCCAAUUUAUAGCAUGUAUCAGUACUUCAUUACUUUUUUUUUUUUAAGAUUUUUAUUUAUUAGAGACCGUGCGCACAUGCACGAGAGAGCACAAGCAGGGGGAGGGGCAGAGGGACAAGCAGACUCCCCGCUGAGCAAGGAGCCAUAUGUGAGGCUCGAUCCCAGGACCCUGGGAUCAUGACCUGAGCCGAACUGAUUGAGUCCCCCAGGUACCCCAGUACUUUAUUCCUUUUUAUGGCUAAAUAAUAUUCCAUAUGGGUAUACCACAGUUGUAUAUCCAUUCAUCAGUUGAUGGACAUUUGGGUUGUUUCCACCUUUUGGCUAUUGUGAAUAGUGCUGUUAUGAACAUUCAUUUAUAAAUGUGUGUUUGAGUACAUGUUUUCAGUUCUUUCGAGUAUAUACUAAGGAGCGGAACUGCUGGGUCAUAUGGUAAUUCUAUUUUUAACUUUUUGAAGAAUCACCAAACUUUUCUACAGUGGCUAAGCCAUUUUACAUCCCCCCUGGCAAUGCAGGAGGGUUUCAGUUUCCCCAUAUCCUCACCAAUACUUGUUACUUUUCAUUGUUUUGAUUAUAACCAGCUUAGUGGGAGUGAAGUGUUCUUGCAUUGUGGUUUUGAUUUGCAUUUCCCUAUUUAGCAUCUCUGAGCAUCUUUGCAUGUGCUUCCUGGUCAUUUAUGUAUCUUUGGAGAAGUAUCUAUUCAAGUCUUUUGCCCAUUUUUUUUUUUAAAGAUUUUAUUUAUUUAUUUGACAGAGACAGAGACAGCGAGAGAGGGAACACAAGCAGGGGGAGUGGGAGAGGGAGAAGCAGGCUUCCUGCUGAGCCGGGAGCCCGAUGCGGGACUCGAUCCCAGGACCCUGGGAUCAUGACCUGAGCCGAAGGCAGUCGCUUAACCAACUGAGCCACCCAGGCGCCCCUCUUUUGCCCAUUUUUAAGUUGGGCUAUUUGUCUUUUGUUUUUGACUUAUAAGAGUUCUUCAUAUAUUCUGGAUAUAAGACCCUUAUCAGAUACAAUUUUCAAAUAUUUACUCCUGUUUUGUAAGUUGUCUAUACAUUUUAUUGAUAGUGCCCUUUGAUUCACAAGUUUUAAUUUCUUUUUCUUUAUUGCAAUAAGAACACUUAACAUGAGAUCUACCCCUUGACAAAUUUCUGUGUGUACAGUACCGUGUAGUUAACUAUAGGCAUAACGUUGUACAGCAGAUCUCUAGAACUUAAUCAUCUUGCAUAACUAAAACUCUAUACCCAUUGAAUAACAAUUUCCUAUUUCCCCCUGCCCCCUACUCUCUGUUUCUAUGUGUUUGACUGUUUUAGAUACCUGAAAAAAAAAUUGUUUUCCUUCACUUAAUAUUCACAGAAUACUCGGUACUUCAAACGUGUGGGGACUUUUCCCACACCAAGCAAUUCUCCCAACACCAGCUGGGUGUCCUACAAUUUAACUCAAUUCUGACACUAUCUACCUGAAGCUAGGCCUCAGACCCACAGGUCAAGGGCUCAGUCCCACAAGACGGCUCCACAUCAGAUGCCAGUUGCAAGUCCAGGUUAUCACCUGUGCUUCUGACAAACCAGAAAUCAGAGGUUCCCACAACCCCCUCCUUGGGUUCAAUUAUUUACUUGAAUGGCUCACAGAACUUAAAAACAGUUUACUUUCUAGACUAUUGGCUUAUUACAAAGAAUAUUGAAGGAUAUGGGGUGCCUGGGUGGCUGAGUUGGUUAAGUGUCUGCUUUCCGCUCAGGUCAUGAUCAAUCCCAGGGUCCUGGGAUUGAGUCCCGCAUCAGGCUCCCUGCUUGGCAGGGAGCCUGUUUCUCCCUCUCCCUCUGCUGCUCCCCCUGCUUGUGUUCUCUCACUCUCUCUGUCAAAUGGAUAAAUAAAAUCUUAAAAAAAAAAAAAGGAAAAGAAUAUUAAAGGAUAUGAAUGAACAACCAGAUGACGAGACACAUAGAGCAAAGUCUUGAAGGGUCCUGAGCACAGAAGCCUCUGACCCUGUAGAGUUUGGGGUGUGCCAUCCCCUGGCAUGUGAAUGCCUUCUUGUUCACCAACCCAAAAACUCUCCGAAUCUAGUCAUUUAGGAUUUUUGUGGGUGGUUCAUUACUUAGGCAUGAUGGAUUAAAUCAUUGGCCACUGGUUAAGUUAAUCUCCAGUUCCCUACCCACAACCCCCGCAAGUUAGUAAGUGGGCUGAAAGUUCCAACCCUCUUAUCAACAGAGUUGGUUCCCCUGGCCAAUCAACCCCCGUCCUUAAGUGCUCUCCAAAAGUCACUGCAUUAACAAACUCAAGUGUGGUUGAAAGGGGUGUGUUUUAAGUAACAAAAGAUACCUGAAUCACUCUCAUCACUUAGGAAAUCCCUAGGGUCUUAGGAGCUCUACCAGGAACAGGAAUAAAGACCAAAUACGUAUUAUAAAUCACAGUAUCAUGACACCUAUAAGUGGAAUCAUAUAGUAUUUGUCUUUUUGUGAUUGGCUCAUUUCACUUAGCUUAAUGUCCUCAAGGUUCAUCCAUGUUGUAGCUUGUGAUGGGAUCUCUUCCUUUUAAAGGUUGAAUAACAUAUCACAUUUUGUUUAUCCAUUCAUCUGCUGAUGGACACGGGGGCUGCUUCCACCUCUUGGCUAUCAUGAAUAGUGCUACUAUGAACAUAGGCGUGCAAGUACCUUUUUAAGACUCUACAUUCAAUUCUUUUGGGUAUAUAUACAGAAAUAGGAUUGCUAGGUCAUAUGGUAUUUCUAUUUUUUUAAAGAUUUAUUUAUUUAUUCAUUCAUUAAUUCAUUUGAGAGAGAGAGAGAGCACAUGCAUGAGCAGGGGAGGGGCAGAGGGAGAUGGAGAAGCAGGCUCUCCACUGAGCAGGGAGCCUGAUGCCGGGCUCCAACCCAGGACCCUGGGAUCAUGACCUGAGCCAAAGGCAGGUGCCCAACUGACUGAGCCAUCCAGGUACCCCACUAUUUUUAAUUUUUUUAAACAUUUAUUUACUUAUUUGAGAGAGAGAAAGCAAGAUUGAGUGCAUGAGCAGGGGGAGGGGCGGAGGGAGAGAGAGAGAGAAGCAGACUCCCUGCUGAGCACAGAGCCCCACCACAUAGGACUCAAUCCCAUGACCCUGAGACCAUGACCUGAGCUGUCAUUUAGAAAAAUGUCUAUUCAAGUCCUUUAUGCAUUUUUCAAUCAGGUUGUUUGAUUUUUUUGUUGUUGAAUUGUAGUUCUUUACAUAUUCUGGAUGCUAACCCCUUAUCAGAUAAAUGAUUUGCAAAUAUUUUCUCCCACUCCAUAGGUUGCCUUUUGUUCUAUUGAUUAUGCCCUUUGAUCCACAAAAGUUUCUAAGUUUGAUGUAGUACCUUUGUCUAUUUUUGCUUUUGUUGCCUCUGAGGCUGAUAGGAAUUUGAUAGGGAUUGUGUUGAAUCUAUAAAUUAUUUUUAGGUAGUAUUACCAUGUUAACAUUAUCAAGUCUUCCAAUCCAUGAAAAUAGGAUGUCUUUCCAUUUUUUUUUAGAUCUUUAAUUUCUUCCAGCAGUGUUUUGUCAUUUCUAGCAUACAAGUCUUAUAUCUCCUUGGUUAAAUUUAUUCCCACAUAUCUUAUUCAUUUGAUGCUAUUUAAAAUGCCCCAAAAAUAAUAAAAUAAAUUGUUUUCUUAA